AUGGCUUUCGAGUGGAAUUCGUAUACAAUUAGCUUUUAUACAUUAAUUGGAAUUGUUGCCUGGCAAUGGUGGCGAUGGAGGAAAAGUGGAUAUGUAACAAACGGCAUCAAGAGACUACCUGUGCCUAGUGGGAAAGGUUAUCUUAAUGGACACGCUUGUACAGUCGAUAGGAUAUCUCGAGAAAAAUUGAUCGAAUGGAGGACAUCUCUUGGAGAUGUAUACAUGAUCUAUGUCAAAUCACAACCAUGUGUGGUUCUGGCGAGCGCGAAAGCGGUUGAUGAAUUGCUACAGAAAAGAGCAACCAAGUAUUCUUCAAGAAGACCGAAUUAUUAUAUUUCGGAUGUUAUUGAACGAAGGAGAAAUUAUGCUAUCCUACCGUAUAAUGCUUGUUACCAGAAAAUUAAAUUAACAGCCACACCUCUCCUAGUCAAGCACCCUUUACUUCCCUCAACGCUCGACCCGCUUACAGUCAAACUUCUCAAAUCUCUCUUUUCUCUCCGCGUGCCAUGUGAUCCGACCCCACAUUUACGUCUCUUCGCGAUAUCGUCUCUCCUCUCUCAUGUCUUCGGCAUCUCUUCACCAACCAGCGUCGACGAUCGAACUUACCAACGGAUAAGCAACCUGAUAAAUGAAUAUAUCAGAUAUUAUGAAAAGAUUGAAAAUACUAGUAGGGCAGGGGUAGAAUUACCUAAUUUAAAACGAAGCUUUGAGGAUUUGGGAUUGCGUUUUGGAAUACCGGGUAGCAAAUAUAAGGAGUCGAUAAGAUUGAGAGAUAAGUUGGAAGAUAUAGUGCUUAGAUUAAUUUACAAAAUGAACAAGGAGAAUGUGGAGAGGGAUUGUUUGGCAAAAGAGUUGAUGGGAAGAAGGGAGAAGGGUGAAGUCGAUAUUAUGGACAUUGUACAUACGCUUGGAUCCUUUAUUGUUAUAGGGAUGUCCACUCUUACACACUCGCUAACAGUUCUCAUAACCCAGCUGGCCCAGACGCCAUCUUUUCAGUCAGUUCUAAGCACAGAGCUAUCCCUACCUCAUCUCCCCACACUUGCUGACAGACCAUCAUGUCAUUUCACAAUGUCAUUCAUAAAACGAGCACUGUUAAAUCAUCCUGCGUGGUUGCCCAUUCCACCAAGAUACGUGGAAGUCGAUGAUGAAUAUCGGGGAUUCCAUAUACCGAAAGGUGCACUUGUAUUGGUGGACGAGAGUGUUCGUGGUGAGUGGGAUAAGGACAGUCCAGGUGAAAUGGAGAGAAACCUAGAGGUAGGGGAUACAAACAGGGUUGAAUUUGGAUAUGGAAAGAGAAUGUGUCCUGCCGCUGAAUUGUCCGAAUCAUUGUUAUUUCUCGCGUUCUCGCGGAUAAUAUGGUGCUACAUAAUUGUUGAUGGCGGGAUAAAAUCUAAUCAAGUAGGAAAUGGCCAACCAUCAGUUAGUUUUGCACCCAGGAGAGAAGGACUUGAGAGGCUAUUAUUCGAUGAAUCAUCAUAG